AUGCAGUCAACCCAGUUUCUUUGGGACUACCAGCCCUCGCAGGAUCACCGCUCCUCCAGUACGACCGAGCAGAUCGUUGCUUCGUCACCUCCACAAAGAGGGCUCCCAUAUACCCUCGAGGCAGCACCUGGUGUCGUGCUACCGGUCCAAAUCCACAGGUCAUUGCCCAUCAAGAACUUGUUAGCUACUAUCAGAGACACCCACCUGCUCACCCAGAAGACAUAUUCACCAUCCUACGGAUCGGCGUCGAAUCUACACAAACAGCAGAAAUACGUCCCCAUCGAAAUCCCGAACAUUGAACUACCACCAGCUCCACCCGCACCAACCAACGCACUGGUUGAAGUCCCUAUGGCAACAUUCACUCAAGCAGACAUCGAUCAGCGCAUCGCUGUCGCCCUCGCAGCAUACCAAUCCCAACAGUCAACUGCCAACCGACCCCUUCGCCUUGACAUCCCCGCUCCCGAACCCUUCAGCGGAAAAGCAGAGGACCUCAGACACUUCAUCCAAUGCAUCCUCUCCUACUUCGUUGCCACCAACAACACCUGA